CUGGAGCUGUGCACGUGGGGUCGAAGCGCGCGUGCGCGGCGGCGGCGGCGGGGCGGGGCCUGAGCUGUCAGCCGGCCUAGGAGGAGGAAGGAGUCUGCGGCGUUGGGUGUGAGGGGCGGGACCGGGCUGCCUGCGGAGGGUCUAGCUGGGGGAGGUCGGGCCAUGCUGGCGGGCCAGGGCGCUGGACCGCCGGGGCCCGCGGUGGUCGCCGCCGCGGUGGUGUUGCUGCUGAGCGGCGUGGGGCCGGCGCAUGGCUCGGAGGACAUCGUGGUGGGCUGCGGGGGCUUCGUCAAAUCGGACGUGGAGAUCAACUACUCACUCAUCGAGAUAAAGCUGUACACCAAGCAUGGGACUUUGAAAUACCAGACAGACUGUGCCCCUAAUAAUGGCUAUUUUAUGAUCCCUUUGUAUGAUAAGGGGGAUUUCAUUCUGAAGAUUGAGCCUCCCCUAGGGUGGAGUUUUGAGCCGACGACCGUGGAGCUCCAUGUGGAUGGAGUCAGUGACAUCUGCACAAAGGGCGGGGACAUCAACUUUGUCUUCACUGGCUUCUCUGUGAACGGCAAGGUCCUCAGCAAAGGGCAGCCCCUGGGUCCUGCGGGAGUUCAGGUGUCUCUGAGAAACACUGGGACCGAAGCAAAGAUCCAGUCCACAGUUACGCAGCCCGGCGGAAAGUUUGCAUUUUUUAAAGUUCUGCCUGGAGAUUAUGAAAUCCUCGCGACUCAUCCAACCUGGGCGUUGAAAGAGGUGAGUGUGACGGCUACGUCUGAUGUCCUGGGCUGCAAUGUCUCACCAGUGUCUGGGUUCCAGCACCAAGACGAGAGUCUCGUGUAUUUGUGCUACACGGUCUCCAGAGAAGAUGGCUCGUUCUCCUUCUACUCCUUGCCAAGUGGGGGCUACACGGUGAUUCCGUUCUAUCGAGGGGAGAGGAUUACCUUUGAUGUGGCGCCUUCCAGACUUGACUUCACAGUGGAGCACGACAGCCUGAAAAUCGAGCCCGUGUUCCACGUCAUGGGAUUCUCCGUCACUGGGAGGGUCUUGAACGGACCCGAAGGAGAUGGUGUUCCAGAAGCAGUUGUCACCCUGAAUAACCAAAUCAAAGUUAAAACAAAAGCUGAUGGCUCAUUCCGCCUUGAGAACAUAACCACAGGGACAUACACCAUCCACGCUCAGAAAGAGCACCUCUACUUUGAAACGGUCACCAUCAAAAUUGCACCGAACACACCUCAGCUGGCUGACAUUAUUGCAACAGGGUUUAGUGUCUGUGGUCAGAUAUCAAUCAUUCGCUUCCCCGACACCGUCAAGCAGAUGAGUAAAUACAAAGUUGUCCUGUCAUCUCAAGACAAGGACAAGUCUUUGGUCACCGUGGAGACGGAUGCUCAUGGAUCAUUUUGUUUUAAAGCAAAACCAGGGACUUACAAAGUUCAGGUGAUGGUUCCUGAGGCAGAGACCAGAGCAGGGCUGACACUGAAACCCCAGAUGUUUCCUCUUACUGUGACCGACAGGCCCGUGAUGGAUGUGGCCUUUGUACAGUUCUUGGCAUCCGUUUCCGGGAAAGUCUCUUGUUUGGACACCUGUGGUGACCUGCUGGUGACUCUGCAGUCCCUGAGCCGCCAGGGUGAGAAGCGGAGCCUCCAGCUCUCCGGCAAGGUCAACUCCAUGACUUUCACCUUUGACAACGUGCUCCCUGGAAAAUACAAAAUAAGCAUCAUGCAUGAGGAUUGGUGCUGGAAGAACAAGAGCCUGGAGGUGGAAGUGCUGGAGGAUGACGUGUCUGCAGUUGAGUUCAGGCAGACGGGCUACAUGCUGAGAUGUUCCCUGUCUCACGCCAUCACUCUGGAAUUUUAUCAGGAUGGAAAUGGACGUGAGAAUGUGGGGAUUUAUAACCUCUCCAAAGGAGUCAACCGAUUCUGCCUGUCCAAGCCUGGUGUGUACAAAGUGACCCCUCGCUCCUGCCACCGGUUUGAGCAAGCGUUCUACACCUAUGACACGUCUUCACCUAGUAUCUUGACAUUGACAGCCAUUCGCCACCAUGUCCUUGGAACUAUCACCACCGACAAAAUGAUGGAUGUCACUGUGACUAUCAAGUCUUCCAUCGACAGUGAACCCGCCUUGGUCUUAGGCCCUCUGAAGUCUGUGCAGGAGCUGCGGAGGGAGCAGCAACUGGCUGAGAUCGAGGCCCGCAGGCAGGAGAGGGAGAAGAACGGCAAAGAGGAAGGCGAAGAAAGAGUGACCAAGCCUCCCGUGCAGGAGAUGGUAGAUGAGUUACAAGGCCCCUUCUUGUAUGAUUUCUCUUACUGGGCACGGUCUGGAGAGAAAAUCACCGUUACACCAUCAUCUAAAGAGCUGCUCUUUUAUCCCCCUUCAAUGGAAGCCAUCGUCAGUGGAGAAAGCUGCCCAGGGAAGCUGAUCGAGAUCCAUGGGAAGGCAGGCCUGUUUUUAGAAGGCCAGAUCCACCCCGAGUUGGAAGGAGUUGAGAUUGUCAUCAGUGAAAAGGGGGCGAGUUCGCCCCUGAUCACAGUCUUUACUGAUGACAAAGGUGCCUACAGUGUUGGCCCCCUGCACAGUGACCUGGAGUACACGGUGACCUCACAGAAGGAGGGCUAUGUUCUGACGGCGGUGGAAGGAACCAUUGGAGACUUCAAGGCCUAUGCCCUGGCAGGUGUAAGCUUUGAGAUAAAAGCUGAGGAUGACCAGCCCCUCCCGGGAGUCCUCUUAUCCCUGAGCGGUGGCGUCUUUCGUUCCAACCUCUUGACCCAGGACAACGGCAUUCUGACAUUCUCAAACCUGAGCCCUGGCCAGUAUUACUUCAAACCCAUGAUGAAGGAGUUCCGGUUUGAGCCGUCCUCACAGAUGAUCGAGGUGCAGGAAGGCCAGAACCUGAAGAUCACCAUCACGGGGUACCGAACCGCUUACAGUUGCUAUGGCACAGUGUCCUCCUUAAACGGAGAGCCCGAACAAGGGGUUGCCGUGGAAGCGGUGGGCCAGAACGACUGCAGCAUUUACGGAGAAGACACUGUGACAGACGAAGAGGGCAAGUUCAGAUUACGUGGAUUGCUGCCGGGAUGUGUGUACCACGUUCAGCUCAAGGCAGAAGGCAACGACCACAUUGAGCGGGCGCUCCCCCACCAUCGGGUGAUUGAGGUUGGGAAUAAUGACAUCGAUGAUGUAAACAUCAUAGUUUUCCGGCAGAUUAAUCAAUUCGAUUUAAGUGGAAAUGUGAUCACUUCCUCUGAGUACCUUCCUACAUUAUGGGUCAAGCUUUAUAAAAGCGAAAACCUUGACAAUCCGAUCCAGACAGUUUCCCUUGGCCAGUCCCUGUUCUUCCAUUUCCCCCCGCUGCUCAGAGACGGCGAGAACUAUGUUGUGCUUCUGGACUCCACACUCCCCAGAUCCCAGUAUGACUACAUCUUGCCUCAAGUUUCUUUCACCGCAGUGGGCUACCAUAAACACAUCACCUUGAUUUUUAAUCCCACGAGGAAGCUGCCUGAACAGGACAUCGCACAAGGAUCCUACAUUGCCCUGCCACUGACACUGCUGGUUCUGCUGGCCGGUUACAACCACGACAAGCUCAUUCCUUUGCUGCUGCAGUUAACAAGCCGGCUGCAGGGAGUCCGUGCGCUCGGUCAGGCAGCCUCUGACAAUAGUGGCCCAGAAGAUGCAAAGAGACAAGCCAAGAAACAGAAGACAAGGCGGACCCUUCGUUUGCAAGAAGAGUUCCAGUUAACAUGGCGUUUGGAUCCAUGGUGAGGUACCCUAGGAAUUUAUCUGUUUUCUUCACUUUCCUUUGCAUCUGAGAUCCCUGCUGGAAACCACAGCACCCUGUAUCCACUAUUAGGAGGCUAUGUUAGGAGGGAAAAAUCAAUAAAAUGGCCCAUUCAUUUGUGUUGUAGCUCA